AAAUGUUUUUAUUAUUUUAGUUUUCACUAUUUUUUGUGAUUUUAUUAAGUGAAAAAAGUUGUAAAAAUAAUGGAGGACUUACUAGCGUGUCGUGUUUGUCUCGCUACUAGCGUAAAUCUCUAUGAUAUGUACAAAUACAGGCUUAAAAAUCUGUUUGAACUGUUUAGCGGGAUUCAAGUAUCACCAGCAGAUAAUUUUCCCCAAUAUCUAUGCAGUUACUGCGGAGCAUUACUGCUAAAAUGUGCAGCGUUCAGAGAUAGAUGCAAGCGCGCUAAUGAUCUGAUGAAAUAUGCUGAGUUGCAGAAUGAAAUACUCACAACAGACCAAAUCCACACGAUAGCACUACUAAACAAUACAGAACUACCGUUUACAAUAUCAACACCAGAAUUAACGAACACUCAAGAAAUACAAGUCAAAAUAGAACAUCUAACAGCAGACAUAUAUAAAGAGGAAAUAGAUAUAGACUUCAGUGAUGAAGAACCUUUAGCUAACAAAGUCAGAAAAAAGAAGGACGAUUCUGACAUUGAAAUUCUGUCUCUAGAUACUAAUUUCAGUACUAUUGAUGAACGGUCUGACUUUGGCAGUGGAAUUGAUGAGAAUAGUCAAACAGAAGUUGAUGAUCAAAGUAACAAUGUGCAGGAAAACGAUGAUCAGAAUAUUGAUGUGCCAAGUGUUCAGUCUGAAUUUGAGGAAUUGUCUGACGUUGAUGAGAAGUCUGACAAAGAUCAGACUGAUGCUGAUAAUGUGAUUGAAGAGUGUACUUGUGGUGAUAUUGAGGUGAAAUGCUUGACAAAGGAAGAGCAAAUUGAAGAGGUACAAGACAGGAAAACUUCACAUAAUUAUACUCACUCCUGCUAUAAGUGUGAAUAUUGUUAUAAAGGGUUCCUACAAGACACUACUUAUAAGAAUCAUAUGUUAAGACAUGAUAAAUCCUCCGGAACUCUACAUUGCGACGUAUGCAAUACGUGGUGGCCGACACUACGGAACUUAAAAUCGCAUAUCACCAACGCACACGAACGCGUGUUCAUAUGCAAGAUAUGCACAGAAACGACUAAGAGUGCACAUCGCGCUAAAGAGCAUAUUAAGUGGCAUAAAGGUCACAAAUUCACCUGUAAACUGUGUGGGGCGACUUUCGCGAAGUCAACCAGUCAUCUGACACACUUGAGACUACAUCACCCGUCUAAAUACUGCUGCGAAGUCUGUGGCGAGAGCUUCCUGGGGGAAGUCGGACUCGCAAUGCAUAUUAAGAAGUCGCACCGGUGUGAGAAUGCAAACCCAGAAACGGAAUUCAAAUGCGAGAAAUGUUCAAUAUAUUUCAAAACUAUGGAAGCUCUGAAAAUGCAUAAAAGUGCUUAUAAAGAUGGCGUGUGUGAUGGUAGUCAGAAUUCGUGUUUCCAAUGCGGUGAGAAUGUCCCAACUCAGGACGCGUUGAAAGAUCAUUUGAAGACGCAUGACCCGGGCGGCGUCAAGUGUGACGAGUGCGACAGAACAUUCGCCCACGACCGCUCAUUCGCGAUUCACUAUCAACGCGUUCAUUUAGGAAUUAAGAACAAACAACGUAAACCAAAGGACAAGAGAAAAAGAACAGCCUGUGUAUGCGAGUUCUGUGGGAAGAAAUGUGAUUGUAUAGCAACGCUCGUGAGCCAUCAGCGCACUCACACAGGAGAGAAGCCUUUCCAAUGUAUUGAAUGCCCCAAGCGGUUCAGCCAGAUACAGAGAUUACGGAUUCACGUUCGUACACACACUGGCGAGAGACCGUUCAAAUGUACCGUGUGUCCGAAGGCGUUCAAACACAAAGCGGCUUUAAACAGGCACGACCGGGUACACUCCGGCGAGAAACCAUACCAAUGCGCUCACUGCGGUAAGAACUUCUCUCAGUCUAACUCUAUGAAGCUGCAUGUCAGAACAGUGCAUCUGAAGCUGCCGGCUCCCUAUCGGGCUAGGCGGGACAGGAGCAUCGACUGUCUGCUCGAAACUACGCUUUUGAACUAAAGAUAAAAUGUCAAGGUCAAGGUCAAAGUCAGUGUCAAAGUCACAGUCAUAUCAGUCACAUCAAAGUCAUAUUGAAGUCAAAGUCAUAUCGAAGUCAAAGUCAUAUAGAAAUCAAAGUCACAAAGUUAAAGUCAAAAAAAGUCACAAACUCCCCAAGUUCGAGGUAAUUGGGGUAAGACUUUCUCGCAGUCUAACUCUAUGAAGCUGCACGUCAGAACAGUGCAUCUAAAGCUGCCGGCUCCCUAUCGGGCUAGGCGGGACAGAAGCAUCGACUGCCUGCUCGAAACUACGCUUUUAAAUUAACUUUAUAAAGAAAAUAUAACAAAAUAUAGUCAAAUUCAAGUCAAGGUCAAGGUCAAAGUCAAUGAGUCAAUGUCAAACCAAAUUAAAGAGUAAAGUCAAAGGCAUAGUCACAGUCAAUUCAAAAUCAAAGUCAUGUCAAAGUCAAGUCAAGGUCAAAGUCAAAUCACAAAGUACAAUUACAAACUCUCCGAGUUUGCGCCCACUGCGGUAAGAACUUCUCGCAGUCUAACUCUAUGAAGCUGCACGUCAGAACAGUUCAUCUGAAGCUGCUGGCUCCCUAUCGGGCUAGGCGGGACAGGAGCAUCGACUGUCUGCUCGAAACUACGCUUUUGAACUAACUUUAUAAACAAAAUGUAACAAAAAUAUAGUCAAGGUCAAGGUCAAUGUCAUGUCAAAAAAAUACUCUGCCUUUGACUUCGAUAGAGUCGUUAUCUUUAAAAAACGGGAAAAAAUGUAUUGAAUGAUUUUUAGGGUUCCGUACUUAAAGGGAAAAAUAGGACUAAUGAUAUAAAUGUGGCACAGAAAACUACAUUAAUGAUUGAAUAAUUUUAGAGUUCCGUAUCCAAAAUGUUAUGUAUUUUUUACCAUACGGAAUCCUUCGUGCGAGUCCGACUCGCACUUACCCGGUUAUUAUUGUACACGGAAAUACCUUUCUAUUGAUAUAUCAUAUUUUCAAUUAUUGUCAAUUCUUUGUUUGUAUAGAAUUCUCAAUAACAAAACAAAAAUACCAGAAGGUAAAUAUUUAAUAAUAUUAUAUUAUACAAUACAUUUAUACAGCUGGCUGAUUCAAUAUUCUUUUAUCGAGGAAUCACACCUGAAGCCUGUUUGACCGGUUACUGAUAAACUUUCUGAUAGCCUAUCAAGAACUUAUCUUUCAAAUUAUUUAGGCCUUUACAAGCACUAAUGAACGUCAAAAAUAUAAAUAAAUUUGAUUCUAGUUGUCCAUUCCAAAAGUAGCUUCCUAAGGAGAAGAACGGCCAAGAAACUCCACGGUUUAUGACUAGGUUUCACAGGUCUUAGAUAGGAAUAUCUGGCAGAUAGCAAUAACUAUCUGAUUACUAACUGACACUAUCGGUAACCAGUGAAACUGGGCUUUAAAUAAAAAACUUUUGCUUGUAAAAUAAAUAGUUUUAAUAAGUUGACUAGUCAAAUUCAAUACUUUUAUUGUACUGUCAAAAAAUAUUUAUUUCUAUACAUUUCAAUCAAAAAUCGUUUCUUAAAACUUGGCUGCAAAAUUACACUUUUCGGACGUCAAAAAUUUACAAAAGACAGCCCCCAAAACGCCCACCCUUCACCACUGCCUAUGUGUUAUUGCUGGGAAGAAGAAGUGGCGCAACAAACUCCCCAGCAACACAUGUCUGUCUGUAGGUUAGAAGAACCUUUCAGCAAUGUUUUACAAUUAUACAUAAUAUAUACUAAAUGGUUUCCUCGGAAAGCCUAUAUUAUGAAUGUUGUCACUCUGUAUAUUAUUUAAUGCAUUUUUAGCGCAAUUUCCUACAUUAUUGUUUUCUACUGUUGUAUAAUAUUUUACCAAUAUUACAAUUAAGAGAAUUUACUAGACAAAAUCUGUUAAUUUUAUAAUAUAUAAAUAAAUAGCCUAAUUCAAUUGAUGUUGUGACUAAUUUUCGAUAAAUAAUUACUUCAAAUUAUAAUUCAUAGCCAAAAAAUAGUUGAAUUAAAUGUAUCGAUGUUACAAAAUAUAAUUAAUCAUAAUACCACUGUUAAUAUUAUCCCUACUUAAUAUUAUAAUUGUGAGAGUAACUCUGUCUGUCGCGUUUUCACUUCAAAACUACUGAAACGAUUUAAAUGAUUACCUGCACAAUGACUACUUUUUAUCCUCAUCCUUUUUAUUUCCCUUAAUAUGGCUAUAUUUUAGAUUUUUUUUAUAUACAAUUUUUUAAUUUAUAAUGCUAUCAAUUAAUUUUAAGUCAAUUUACAAAACGAUUAUUUUUACCAAAAAUAUCAACUCUCUAAAAAACUAUUUUUACAAAAAAUAUUUUUAUAUUGUAAAUACCUUCCUAAAUCAUUUUUUCAAAAUGUAUACAUUUCUGCAUACUUACCUGUAUCUAACACAACAAUGACUAACGGAGAUGUCAUAACGCAAUAUCUCCUAAGAAAGUAGCACGACAACAUGCGGGGCGAGGGGGACGAGGAACGAUACUAGCUCCGCCCUUAUACGCCAAUUUUUGAAGUACCAAAAAUCGUCUCAAAGAACCCGAACGCCUCGUUAGUUCACUCAUAACUGAUCGUCUUGGUACCCUUGGUAUCCCCACCUUACGUAUUUGAGUUAGAAGAAGGCGCCUGACCCACCUGCAUUAUGUCAUCUUUGCUAUCUUUCCUUCCUCCGUGACUACUACUAUGUUUUUCUCAAAAUAUCAUAAUUUAUGUAAAUAACAGAAUCGAUGUUUAAAUGUCUCAUUUCCUGAAUUUUAAAAUUGUAAUUUAUCGGAAGUUCAAUAAAUAAUGAAUUUUAUUGA